CUCUGAUCGGUUUGGCUGCACAUUUAUCGACUUUGAUUCUCCGGAAAAGACGCGGUACCCGAAGCAGUCGGCUUAUUACCUAAAGGCGCUGUUUGAACAUUUGAUUUCAUCAUAGAAACCAUAUCCAUUAGGCAUAUAGCAGCGUAGAAUGCAUGCAUAAUCUGGUUUUGGGCGUUAAAGAACUGAAAGACAAUAAAAAUGGAAUUUAGUUCAAAGGGAACUUGAAGGGGUGGUAUAAAUACAGAGAAGAGCCCGUGUAAUGAAUGACAUAGCAUUACGAUCAAUACAGCAUGUCAUAAAGGCGGCACAGGUUGGCAGAUUUAUUCUUGUUUCCCCGACAGCCUGACCGACCUAGAUAGCUUCAAUUCGACUUGAUUAGGCUCAAUUCUCAAGGGCCAGCAGAGCAUGAUGCGUCCCUUUUCACAAAGAGUCUGCAUAUACUGCAGGCUCUCUCGUCGCUCCUUUGCCUCUGCUGUGCGCCCUCCAACCGCUCCGAAACCCAGCCCGGACAUCAAACACAUUCGCCAGAACCCCGAGAUCUACUCCCAGAAUUGUCGCGAUCGCAAUUACCCCUCGCACGCCGAUUACCCCUUUAAGAUACAGCAACUCUCCAACGAGCUCCGUCAGAUUGACCAACAGCUUAUACCCUCUCGAUCUCGAAUAAAAACGCUCGAAAAGAGUAUCGGUCGACUCCAGAACCCAGCCACCGAUCCCAAAGAAAAGGAACAAGAGCCAGCUCUCCGCGCCGAAGCUCAACAGUUGAAAGAACAAUCACUGGCACUCACGAACCUCUCAUCAUCCUUUACUGAACAGAUCAAUGAGCUCGCGCUCUCUCUACCAAACCUCUCCUCCUCACACACCCCCGUCGGGUCCGAAGCAACCCUCGUCGAGUACCUCAAUUUCGACCCUCAGUCGCCGCCCUCCUGGGUACACAACCCUGACGCUUCACGCUCUCACGUCGCCAUCGGCUCUACACUUGGUCUCAUCGACUUUGCGAGUGCCGCAACAACCACCGGGUGGGGUUGGUAUUUCCUCAUCGGCGAUGGCGCCAUCCUCGAGCAAGCCCUAAUCCAAUACUCUCUGUCCGUCGCCCGGCGCCACGGCUGGAGCCCGGUAUCUCCACCAUCGAUCGUCUACUCCUACGUUGCAGAUGCAUGCGGAUUCCAACCGCGCGACCAGAAUAACGAGCAACAAAUAUGGGCCAUUGAGCAAGCGGAGAAGGACAAGUCAAAACCACAGCGGUCUUUGACCGCUACAGCUGAAAUCCCUCUCGCCGCCAUGCACGCCGGACGAGAUCUCGACCCAUCUACACUUCCUCUCAAGCUCGCCGGUCCCAGCCGUUGCUACCGCGCCGAAGCAGGCUCGCGAGGCGUGGAUACAAAGGGCCUCUACCGCGUCCACGAAUUCACCAAGGUCGAGAUGUUCGGAUGGGCAGAUAACGCCCCCACAUCCUCCUCCCCAUCCUCGGACGACCUCUUCGAAAACCUCCUCACCGUACAAAAGGAAAUUCUCACAUCCCUCCACCUCCCCUGCCGCAUCCUCGAAAUGCCCACCACGGACCUCGGCGCCAGCGCCACACGAAAACGCGACAUCGAAGCCCUGUUCCCCUCGCGCAUGCGUGGCAACGGUCUCGACGACGCCUGGGGCGAGGUCACCUCAGCAUCCAUCUGCACAGACUACCAGUCCCGAAGGCUAGGAACCCGCGUCCGCGGAGGCAGCGCCAAGGAAACCCGGUUCCCCCACACCGUCAACGGUACGGCAAUGGCUGUGCCGCGAGUCUUAGCCGCGAUUUUAGAGAACGGCUGGGAUGCUGAUCGGCAGGUUGUCGUCAUUCCCGAGGUCUUGCGACCUUACAUGGGCGGUGCGGAGGUUAUUGGGAAGUAGAUGGAACUUCCGAUACAAUCCUUGCCGUGCAUAAUUAUGUAUCUCACCUGUACUAUACUCUAUCUUGUCACACUAUAGCGAACCACAUCCUUGAUACCACGGAACUUGGGCAGGGUACAAUUUCAUAUAGGCUUAGAGCUAUCACAUCUGCAUAUCGUACGAUAGACAUCGAUAAUUGUCCCAAAAUCAGGCAUCGUCUCCAAUCCCCAAGAGUACACCGAACCACCCGCCCACACCAAGUCCAAAUCCAAGUCCCGGUCAGACUGGCUGCCUCGUACCAAGUCAAAACGACUCCAACAAUACCAGCCUCCUAGUACACAUAAAGAUGGAGCUCGAAGACUGCGCCUACACGAAUCGGGAAGCCGGAGAUUUGUUUUUUUAAGGCUUCGAAGGCAUCUCGAAUAAUUCUUGGGAUGAAGUUUGGGGCCCAAUGUUAGGUAGGGCUAAGGGGCUAGGUAGCUAGGCGCCUUGUCUUCGGUUCCAUCCAUUGCUAGAUUACCUGUCCAUAUGUAUGCUGCAUGGGAGGUACAGUAGUAGAGCUUUGACGUGGCGGCACUAGGGUUUUGGCGGGGGGGUGUCCAGACUCGAGCGUCGCUUGCAGGGUUUUGUUAAGGUUGGGAAGCCUUUCAGGGGGGAAAGGCCUUCGGGAAUGAGAUUGCUUCUGCCC